AUGAGCUCCAGCGGAACCUCUGCGUCGGGCGCCUGGCCGCCCUCGCGUCCCUCCAAGCGAAGCAAACUUCGAAACGGCACCUUCAUCAUUCCCAGCACGGGUGAGCGAUCGCGCCGGCAGUUCACCUUGCGCGCCUCGAGCGACGUCACCCCCAACGGCAACGGAUAUGGUCACGCAGCAGCGACACCCCCUGGCUCAGGCGGAGGCGCAGUGCAAAAUACAGUCAACAACAUCAAGAGGCGGGUCUUCGAGGCGUAUGACUGGGUCAACUCGGAUGCCGGCCACCAGGUCCUCAAGUGCACGCUGGCAUACCUGCUCGGGAGCCUGGGCACGUUCUGGCCUGCCUUGUCCAACUUCCUCGGCCAUCGCGAUGGCAAGCACAUCGUCGCGACGCUGACGGUGUAUUUUCACCCCGCCCGUACAGCGGGCUCUAUGCUGGAGGCAGUGCUGAUUGCCAUCGUCGCCGUCGCCUAUGCCGAGACGGUCAGCGUGCUCUCCAUGGCGGCGGCCAUCGCGUCGCGCAAGAGCACGGGCUCGACAAUCCCCGCGCACGUCAUCGUGCUCCUCAUCUUCGUGGGCGGCGGCUUGGGUUUCGUCGGUUGGGUCAAGCAGAGGCUGAACCAGCCCCUCGUCAACACCGCCUCCACGCUCGCCUCCAUGGCCAUCAUCACCGUCAUCACCAAGGAGCAGUCGGUCCAGGACGGCUACUUUUCCGGCGACAAGAUCUUGCAGGUGCUCAAGAUGUUGCUCCUCGGCAUCUCCUUUACUGUGGCCGUCAACUUGCUCGUCUGGCGGGUGUCGGCGAGGCACAACCUGCGGCGCUCCAUCGUCACCGCGUCGGCGUGCCUGAGCGACAAGAUCUCAUACAUCACCAAGGGGUUCCUCAACGGCUCCGACGAGGAGGUCAACUCCCUGGACUACAGCAGGAUGAGGGAUCGCUACAACUCGACAUACUCGCGCAUGUCCGAGAGCCUCCGCGAAGCAAAGUUGGAAUACUACUUCCUGGGUCGCGAGAAAGUAUACAAGCUGGACAAGAAGCUCUACAAAUCUGUAGAGGCGCUCUCGGCUGCCAUUGGCGGUCUGCGCAGCGCGCUCAAUACGCAGCUGACCCUGCUUAAAGAGGCGCCGAGCUCAGGAGACCGAACGGGAUCAAUCUCGUCGAUUCUCCCACCAGUCUUCUCGCCGCGUACAACGCGUGCAGUGUCUGGCUUCUUCGACGAAGACCGAGAGCCGCUGUCCGUCAUUGAGGAAGAUGACGAUGAGGCGCGAGGUCUCGUCCAGUCUCAGUCUGACCCGUCGUUGCACAAAUGCCCUGCGUUCCGCGCACCGUCCGAGAUAUUCGCCCUUUUCAUGGCGCUGCUCGGCCCGUCCAUGAAGUCGCUGGCGUACACACUGUCGGAGAUCCUGCGCGAGUCACCGUUCGAUCCGGAAGACAUGAACAGAGUCACGACCAAUGACCAGCUGCGCGAAAGCCUGCGCGAUGCCAUUAGCCUGUACAACAACGCUCGCGGCAAUGCGCUCCAGGAGCUGUACAAGAACAUCGAGCUGGGGCGCUCCAGAUCUGAAAAGAUUCAGGCCGAUAUCGAGGAAGUCGCCGCAGCGUGUGGCCACUUUUCGUUCACGUUGAUGGCUGUCGCGGACGAGCUGGACUCGUACCUGGAUGUCGUCGAGGACCUGCAGCACGUAACCGAGACACAGGAUCGCAGCUGGGACUUUCUCAAGGUUUGGAACUACUGGUCGCCGUUUCGCCGAAAGGGGCAUCAGGCAGACCCCGAGUACGAGGCACUCCUGCGCAAGAAGCCACAGCCAGUUAAGAAGUCGGCUGUGCCAAAAGGGAUCCCAGAAUCGAUGGUCAAGCGCAGGGAUUCAUUCAAUUGGGAUGCGGCCCCCGAGUCCAGCACGCUCGUCAGGCGCAUAUCAGAGAAGAUCCUGACCACCAUGCGCUUCUUCGCGCGCGAGGACGUCACGUUUGGCAUCAAGGUCGGCAUCGGAGCGGUGCUGUGGGCCAUGUUCGCCUUCAUCCACGAGACGCGACCCAUGUACCAGCAUUGGAGAGGCGAAUGGGGCCUGCUGUCGUACAUGAUUGUCGUCGGUAUGACGACGGGUGCUUCCAACACGACGUCGACUGCGCGUCUCAUCGGUACCAUCAUUGGAGCGACGUGUGCCGUUGUGUCGUGGCUCGUCAGCCAGGGAAACGCAUACGUCCUGGCGCUUUUCGGAUGGCUCGUUGCGUGCUGGAACUUCUACCUCAUUCUCGUUCUCAAGAAUGCGCCCCUGGGCCGCAUCUCCCUGUUGGCGUACAACGUCAUCGUCCUGUACGCUUAUAGCCUGUCGCAGGAUGUAGACGAUGACGACGAUGACGAGGGCGGAAAGAACCCGCUCAUCUUUGACAUUACCUACCAUCGAGUGGUGGCAGUCGUGCUUGGUAUCUUGUGGGGUAUGAUCAUCUGCCGCUUGCUGUGGCCCAUCUCCGGCCGGCUCAAGUUCAAGGAAGGGCUGUCGGUGCUGUAUCUGCAGCUGGGGCUCAUCUGGAAGCGCGGCCCGCUGGGGGUCCUGCUCGACAGCAACAACACAAAGGACUAUCUGCAGGAAGAGGAGCAAACCGCUCUUCGUCGCUAUGCUUUCAAGCUCGAGUCGCUCCGAAACUCGGCCAAGUCCGAGUUCGAGCUGCGCGGGCCGUUCCCGCACGAGGCGUACGGGCGCGUCAUGCACUCCACCAAGCACAUCCUCGACGGCUUCUACGCCAUGCGCCUCAUCACCCAGCGGCGCCUCACCCUCUCCGCCGGCGAGCGCGCCCUCCUCGCCUUCACCGCCGACGAGCGCGUCCGCCUCUGCCAGCGCAUCUGCCACAUCUUCGAGGUCCUCGCCUCCAGCCUCAUGCUCGAGUACCCCCUCACCGACGCCAUCCCCACCAUCGAGAGCACAAAGGACCGCCUGCUCGGCAAGAUUUACCGCUUCCGCAAGGACCACAUGGAGGCGGGGCUGCGCGGUGGUGGUGGCCAGGCUGAGGGCGGCGGCGGCGCAGGUGCUGGUGGGGGUGACGACGGCGCUGGUGAAGCGCCGAGGACGGACGGCGUCGUCGCCGUGGAGACGGACUAUGCGCUGCUGUACGCGUACACGCUCGUCACGGCGCAGGUGGCCGAGGAGCUCAAGAACGUGCAAAACGAGAUUGAGGCCUUGUUCGGGGUGCUGCACCCGGAGGAGCUGCUGCUCGAGUACACCUGA